UAUAAAAAUUCCGACAACACGUGAAGGCAGCGCGGUUCCAGCCGGUUAGCAUCGUGCUAACGCCUGUAGCAUCCCGCCGCCUCUCCGCGGACCGAAGUCAACCCAUGGAGGUCAGGGAGCACGUCCUGUCCGCGGGCAGGGCCGUGCUGGACAUGGUGGAGCGGGAGUGGCAGCCGCUGUCCGCCGGGGAGCUGGAGCUCCGGCUGGACCAGGCGGUGGAGGAGAUCCUGGAGUCCGGGCUGAGGGCUCAGCUGGACGCGCGUCCCGCUCCGUCCGCCGUUUACCUGCAGCUGCUGCAGAGUCGAGUCAAAGGGGAGUCUCCAGUUUUACAAACAAUCCCCGCAGCAGCAGCAGCAGCAGCGGCGGUCCCGAAGGAGGAGGGGGAGGCGGCUGCAGACUCCCUGCAGGAGCCGGACAGUGUGCACGGAGCAGCGGUCAAGUACAUCUCAGAUCUGCUCCAGAGCUCCACGUCCCGGGUCCGGCUGGCCGGCCGGGCCCGCCUGUCCCUGCCCCACACCGUCCUGCUGUCCCUCACGCUGCUGUCCGAGCGCCUCAGCUACCGCUGCGUGUCCCGCCGCUUCCGGCUGGAGAAGGGAAACAUCCACAGGAUCUUCUUCUCUUUCUGCAAGCGCGUCAACACGCUGCAGCAGAAGAUCAUCCGGUGGCCCGAAGGACAAGAUGCUGUAGACGCUCUUGUUCCACUUUCUAGCCUGCUGGUAAAAGAUGAUGAGGAAGCUGAGGAGCAGAGCGUCCCUCAGGUCCUGGGCGUCCUGGGUCACGCCCGGGUCCCGAUCCGCCUGCCCAUAGGCAAACACGACGUGGACAGCGCUCUGCCGGAGGUGAGGAGGAUGCGGAGGGAGGCUCCCCCCGACUCCUGGCUGAACCUGGAGCUGGUGAGCGACCGCAGAGGCCGCUUCCUGCACUGCAGAGUCAGCCGCGGCUCGGACGCGGAGCGAGGCGGCGCUCUGGCAGACAGACUCAGGCGAAAGCCCGAGCUGAUGCCGCCCGGCUCCGUCCUGGUGGCCCGAGCCGGAUACCCGCUCACCGCUCGGGUCCUCACACCGUACGCCACCAGCAGCCCCGGGUCCAGAGAGAAGCUGUUCAACAAGACGCUGGAGCAGCAUCUGCACGGCCUGGAUCAGGCCGUCGCCGGCCUCCGGGCCAGGUUCCAGAAGCUCCGGUACCUGGACAUCGGGAACUACGAGCGAGCCAGAGCGGUGGCGCUGACCGCCUGCGUGCUGCAUAACGUGUUUUUAGACAUUGGAAAAGCGGCGGCGGUGCAAGGAGCUGUGGAGCGAGAGGAGACGACACCGCUGGAGGGAGACGUGGACGAGGAGGGCGUGCGCUCACGGGACGCCAUCGCCCAGCUGCUCUUUGCAAAGUCCAGCUCUGGAAGUAUGUGA